UCGUGGACGGGCAAGAAUGGUGGGGCCCCGAGCGAGUCCCUCGCCGCUCGAGUCAGUCGCUCGCCGGGCCCAGUCGGUGCUCUACGUAUUUCGUAUACCGUCGAGGUUCGUUGCGUUUCACGUCACAGAGACGAGAGAAAGGAAAGAGAGAGAGAGAGAGAAAGAGAGACGCGUCGUCGGAUUCGCUUCGGUUUGUACGUCACGUGUGUGUGUGUGUGUGUGUGUCUCUCUCUCUCUUUCCCGUCCAAAUUCCAGUGCGCGUCUCUCUUUCGCGCGCGCUUCGUCCUUGAAGAGGAAAAACAAAAAAAAAAAAAAAAAAAAAAAAAAAAAAAAAAAAGAGAAACGAGCAGGAAACAAAGGAAGCGAUCGCUCGUGAUCGGGAGCGAUCUCACUCUUCUGCGAGCACGCGAGAAGAGGAGGCGAUCUCGCCGAUCUCUUUGACCAAAUCGGCGCGUCGGUUUCUACGCGCAGUCUCCGGACCUCCGGCGCCGGACACGGGCCCGAAUCGAGCCGAGAGACCCGAGACACACACAGUGCGGUGGUGGUAGUUGCAGCAGUCAACAGCGACGAGCUUCUCGAGACUUCUCCCUUCGAAGGGCAGGAAAUCGGCAUUGUGCGCCAGCAGCGCGAGAGCAGAAGAUUAAACGAAAAUGGCGGUUUUCGGCUUAGUCUCGGCGGUCGCCGGUUUUGUCAAGGUGCGAUAUCUGAUUGACAAGGCCAUCAUCGACAACAUGGUUUUCAGGAUGCAUUACAGGAUCACGUCGGCCAUUCUGUUUCUUUGUUGCAUCAUCGUCACCGCCAAUAACUUGAUAGGCGAUCCUAUCAACUGUAUAUCGGAACUUGGCGGCGCCGGCCACGUGAUCAAUACUUUCUGCUGGAUCACGUACACGUUCACGCUACCGGCGAACAACGCGAAACCCGUGUCCACCCACGUGGCCCACCCGGGCCUGGGUACCGAUGUCGGUGAAAAGAGGUAUCACUCGUACUAUCAGUGGGUACCGUUCAUGCUGUUCUUCCAAGGUGUGCUCUUCUACAUUCCGCACUGGAUGUGGAAGCAAUGGGAGGAGGGUAAGAUCAGAAUAAUAUCCGAGGGUAUAAGAGGUGCCAUGGUCGAGACCAAACAGGAGCGGCAGGCCAAGGUCGAAAGACUGGUCCAGUAUCUCAUCGAGACCCUGCAUUUACACAACAGCUACGCCGCCGGAUACUUUUUCUGCGAGGCCCUCAACUUUCUCAAUACUGUCGGUAACAUAUUCUUCGUGGACGCCUUCCUGGGCGGUGCUUUCCUUACGUAUGGCAUGGACGUAGUCAAGUUCAGCAAUUUGAAUCAGGAGCAACGUAGCGAUCCGAUGAUCGAGGUGUUUCCGCGUGUGACCAAGUGCACCUUCCACAAAUUCGGUGCCUCCGGCACGAUACAGAAGUUGGACGCGCUCUGCGUAUUAGCGCUCAAUAUUCUUAAUGAGAAAAUCUACAUCUUCCUGUGGUUCUGGUUUAUUAUCCUGGCUAUCAUGUCCGGCUUGGCUAUGCUGUACAGCACGGCCAUAGUGUUGAUGCCCAGCACGCGCGAGACGAUCCUCAAGAAGCGCUUCAAGUUCGGCACACCGACUACGGUUAGCGCGCUCAUCCGAAAGACUCAAGUCGGCGACUUCCUAAUGCUCCAUCUGCUAGGUCAAAACAUGAAUCUCAUGAUGUUCAACGAGAUGCUAGAGGAGUUAUGUCGCCGUUUGCAGUUUGGCAGCGGCAGCGGCGCAUCGCCGACAUCGGUACCGUCGGCGCCCAGCACCCUUGAGAUGUCGCCGGUGCUAUACCCGGAGAUCGAGAAAUACGCCAAGGACACCGAGAUCUAAAUGCAAGAGGAGGCCCCCGUCGAUUCGACUUUUUUUCCAUCGCUCCUCCCACUUUUACUUCUGUCCGUAUUGUGAUAAUACCGAGGGCGGUACCUGUGCCGCCGUUGUCUCGAUGCCAAUAAAAAGAUAGGUUCGUGCCGCAUCGUCGGGAAUCUUACCGCGCUCGUAAAACGCGUGACAGACGCUCUCCUCGACGUCUCCUGCCGCCCGUCGAGGCUCGUGUCCAGCGCGGUCUUACUAUCACGUGACGCUCGUAAACUCGAAGCAGUGAGCCUUAAAGAGCCUUUUGGUCCUUGUCUUCUGUCGACGGAAACUUUGCUCAUUACCGUGCGCUCGUAAAGUGCGAGUCGGUUUUUGACAUUUAUGCCUGACGAAUCUUCCAAUCUGUACUGAGGAUUACUGUGACAUGUGCUCUCCGAUCCUCUCUUUCUCUUUAUUCAGUCAUAUUUCUCAGUUUUCAUAGGAUUAUUGCGCGAAUUAUUUCCGACUAAAAUUUCAUUUGUAAAGUUUCAGCGUCAUUAUUCGCGUGUAAAAUAUAUGCGAGUUCGCCUCAUCGCAGCUUCCUGUUUGUCGACGCAUUUGUCCAAUGAGGUCAUUAUGAGGUUUUUAUUUAACGCUGUUAUUGCUGUUACACGCUCGUAUAAACCAAGCUUGAAAAACACGAGAAAUAACGUGAAGCAAUGCCAACAUUCUUAUUUAUUCAACAGUCAUUAUGAGAAAUUUUCAUUUACCGCAAAACCGAAGUUAAAAUACAUAAAAUCGCGCGAGCCAACAACAUUUUUUGCCGAUUAUUUUUUCAAUGAGAGUCUAUAUUAGUCUAUAGAGUCUUACAUUAACUAAUAGAUUUCUAUUUUCUUAGAAAUAUUUUCAUUUGAAUAAUACGGUGAAAACCGUAAAGUUAAAUAUUAAAACGAGCAAAGACGAAGGGUACGUUGGUAUCUUACACCGGCCGCGGCGGCACGAACCGACAUUAGAUUAUCGAAUAUAUAAUGUAGGCGAUAAUGCGCGAUGCUCUCGAAUCGAUAAGACAUUGGCACGUGUGACUGUUCGUAAUCAUUAAGUCGCAACAGGUGCCUAAAACUUUCUUUGUUAGAUCAAAUCAUUUUAAUUAUUAAUCGUUCAUUCCAGAUCAGUGCCAAUAUAUUUUGAUGGUAAUUUAGGAAAGUAUAACACACGUGGAAUUAAUAACGGUGUUCCUUAACUGUUGUUUCAUGUCACGAAUGUAACAUUCCUCUUACUGUAGAUCAUUGAGGAGAAGAAAAGAGCAAGCGUCGAAGCUAUGAUACACUGCUAUACAUUACUUUCUUUCGAUACUUGCUUUUGCGAUACGUAACAAACGCUCCGCCGAUCGCUUAUAAUAGGGAAGCGCGGCAAUAUAUUAUAUAUAUUAUAUAUACAUAUUUUUCAUGAAAUAACAUAGGAGAUUGUCCAUUAUUCCUCACGUGAUGAGAAAUGUGCGCUAUCGUUAUCGAUCUCGUCACAUCGCAUAGAAAUUUAAAAACACACCGGUAGAAUACAAAUCCUGCUCAACAACGAAUCCUUCAAACAAUUAUAUGUUAUAUGAAUUUUCACACACGAGUGAUCAACCGAAAAUUUUUUAGAAAACGAUUCAUUUUGAUACUAGAGCGAAUACACGCGAGUCUCGCAUGUCGUAAAUAAAACAAUAUCGCGCAAUUAUUAACUGCGAAAACAUUGUAAAAGAUCAACAUAUUAGUUGUCAUAUAUUUGAAACCAGUGCACUGCCUAGUAAUCUAAUAGAAACACAAAAUAAUACAUCCAUAGUUUAGAUGGCGGAAGGAACGGGCGUUCGCGCAUCAUAUGUCUCAUUCUUUUUUUCUUUCCAAUUUUCUUAUAAGUAUUUUUGUGCGACUGGUGCAAUGAUUGUAGCGUGAAUUAAAUGAGUGGUGUAAUUUGAUUUAAGAAAAAAGAGGAUAGGGAAUAAUAUGCGAUAUUCAUGCGAACGACCGCAUUCACAUAGAAGAUCGCCAACAAUUAAGCAAGUGGAUCAAAAUAACGGUCGUGUGUGUAUGUGAAUAUAAUUAAUAUUAAUAUUAUAUAUCAAUAUUAUUAUAACAUUAAUAAUAAUACAUUAAUAUUAUUAAUGUUACAGUAAUUAAUAUUCUUGAACCGUGAACAAUUAAUUAGUAAAUAAUUUUUCAUCAAAUUAGAGAUAAAGAAAGAUCGAUUUUUUAAGAUUUGCUACGUAAUUUGAGAAAUACAUAAAGUAGAGGAA